AUGGCGGCAGCCGCCACCAGUGCCACCGCGCGUGACACAAGUGGCAUCGCAGGUGCCACUAGUGUUGUGGGUGCCACAGGUGCCCACAACAUCGUCGCUUUUGGCACCACCGCAGGUGCUGACAGCGCUGCAGGCGCCACUGCAGGUGCCGACAGCGCUGCGGCCGCCACUGUAGGUGCCAAGGGCACUGCGGGGAGCAGGGCACCACUGAGAGGAGGUGGGGGCGGAGAUGAUGACGGAGACGGAGGGGAUGAUAGAGAUGGAUAUGGAGGAGAUGGAGGAGAUCAUGGUGCUGGAUAUGAUGAUGGAGGAGAGGAUGAUGGGGGAGAUGGUCAAGAAGUGGCAGUCGUAGGGGUAGGCACACUGGGAGCCAACAGUUCUAGAUCUGCCAGAGAUGUAUAUACAGAUUGGAUGACCUGGGUGGUCACACGGAGGAGAUCCGGUCUAGGGGAUCAGGGGCAUCAGGUCCUAGAGCAGGAGGUUCCCCAAGUUGAGAAGACAUAA